AUGCCGUCAAGUGAUCCUAAUCUUCUACUUCUUCUUGAUCGCAAGCCUCCAGCUCAAGUUGGUGCAGAGACUGGGCUUGAGCUUCCUCGACUGCACCUCGGUCCCCGCGAUGCAGCAGCUUUGGGAUCCAGGAAUUCCUCGGAGCUUCUUCAGUCCUAUCUCAACCACCUUGCAACACCCCUUCUACCACUGGUAUCAUGCAUCAACGGCCAACCACACCCAGACUUCCCAAGGAAUCUUCUUCAAUACCACCUUCUCACUCCCGCCCAGCUUGAUAAUCUCGCCUGGCACUUCCACCAGGUUUCACCGCCACGUCCAGAAUCCUCCAGGUACCCAAUUCGGGUCCCACCUUGGGUACACCUUGACUCCACGCGAGAAAUCAGGCUGGAAACGAAGCGCCGGCGCUUCGGUCGCUUCAUAGGCCUGCAAGGCUGCGAGUCACCUGUUCAAGCUAUGCCGCAGGGUGUAUCCCCGGUAUAUGAGCCGUUUCUGGAUUCCUGUGAGUCCUUUGCUGACCAAGUGGUCGUUGCUCCACUUUUGGGCGAGAACGAGAUGGAGAUUAUCGAUCGCAUGCUGGAAGGUAUGGAAUGGGAAUGGGAAGAGGCUCUGGUAAAGGCUAGGGAAGGUCUGGGGCUAGGCCCAGGCGUCAAGCAGUGA